UCAUCCGCAAUGCACCUGCAGGGAGCCUCAGUCCUCCAAAAUUGACUGUGGUUAUGUCGCGUUACCAGUACGCCGAUCAAAUUUUGGAGGCCUUCAACGUGUUCCAUCGACCCCUGCUCCUCGAGGAGGUGGCCGCCUAUGUGGCCGAAAUGGAGGCCAAGAGCCCUGAAGAGGUGCGAUUGGCGGUGGACAACACGCUGACUGCCGGCUGGAUGCACGGAUUCCUCACCAUGAAGGAUGGCAUGUUCACGCUGAUCUGCGGCUACUGGGAUGAAGAGCAACCGGCUGCGGGCAAGAAAAGGACACGCCACUCGGCCAAACCAAUGCUAAGGAGUGCUUAGCAGGUCAUCCUUCAUAAACUAUCCUUUAAAAUCUCGGGAGCUAUAAAGAAAAAUAAUAUAAAUAUAUAUUUCAAAACAUU